AUGGAACUGCCCAUCAGAAAAGGCAAUUUAGAUGAGCCUUGCACUUAUACUGAAAUACAAUUUAGACGUAGAUUUCGUAUGAGAAGGAAAUUGUUUCUCCGAAUUGUAGAAGCCGUAACAAAUUACAACCAUUACUUCACCCAAAGGCGGAAUAAUGCAGGAAAGCUUGGAUUGACACCGAUCCAUAAGUGUACAGUUGCCAUGCGCAUGCUUGCAUAUGGAGUAGCCGGGGAUGCCUGUGAUGAAUAUGUGAUAAUUGGAGAAACCACUACACUUGAGUGCACUCGGCAGUUUACUAAUGGACACAAGGGCACAUCAACAAUUAUCCUCGAGGCAGUGGCAUCUUAUGAUUUGUGGAUAUGGCAUGCUUUUUAUGGCAUGCCCGGAACAUUGAACAAUAUUAAUGUAUUAGACAGGUCAUCAAUUUCUGACGACAUUGAGUCUGGUGAAGCUCCUGCUGUAAACUUCACUGUGAAUGGUCGACAAUACAAUCUUGCCUACUAUCUUGCUGAUGAAAUCUAUCCUAAAUGGUCCAUCUUUGUCCAAUCAAUUCAAAUUCCCCAAGGAGACAAAGUGCAGUUGUUUGCAAAACAACAAGAAGUAUGA